AUGGCAGGAUUUUGUGAGUCAAUGUUUUUUAAAUUCAUUAAAUGUAUAUCAUUUAAAUAAAAUAGGCUACUAAUUGGCAAAUCUCUUUCUGUGUUCAUAACAGGUGAUUACCUUCUUUUUAGUGCACUUGUUGAUAUCUGUAAGUACAUUUUACAAUUCUGUUCUUUCAAAUCAAUUAGCAGAUCACAAAUAAUGAGUGGUCUUGUGUGUGUUUCAUGGACAGGCAAUGACAUCUAUGAUGCACGCGAAGGGAUUUGUAAGUGUGAUUUUCUCUUCUGAAAAACUACUCUCUCCUGCCAGAAGGAGAAGCGCUCCUUCUGUCAGCUAACAGCUAAAUGAAACUGUCUUAAUUCUUUAAAGAUUUUUAUUGGAAGAAUGCAGAUGCUGUCAUUCUGAUCCAUGGUAAAAACUCCACCAAUGAAAGAAUAAGUCUACUUGCUGAACUCAGCCAAUUAACUGGAUCACAAAGAGCAGUUUCAAUCACUAUUUAGGCUGUUUUAAUCUCCAUCUCCAAAAAACAUCCACAACUAUCAGACUUAGCUUGCGGUCUUUCAAAACAGAAAAAUGAAAUUAAUUAAACUAAAAAAAUAGAUAACAGUAAAUAAACACCUCGUUACGGGGUGCAAAUUUGAUCAAAACAGAAAAAUUAAAUAACAAAACCUAUUGCUGUGAAAUGUCAUUAAAAGCUUGAACACCUCUGUCAAGUAAGGAAUCCAAAUAUUGAAGUAUCUUUAUUCAUCUGUAGCCCUAAAGCUUUCUCUGACUUCAUUCCUUAUAACUAGAGCAAAGGGAUUUUACCUACCAUUAAGUUUUUUGUAAAUCCAGCAUUUCCGUUGGUUUCAGAAAUCAGUGGUCUGGUCAAAGAACUAAAGGCCUACGUGAGGUGUAAGCCCUCCUUAUGGAAGAAGUAAAGAGUUCUCUUAAACUGCUGGCUGGUAUCAUUGAGCUUGUAGCAUAACUGCUUAGGCUUUCUUUAUAGUUCUCUAGUCAUGUCAUCUCCAUAUAGUCACUUUAUAAGCAUUUGCAUAACGUGCUAAUACCAUGACCCUCCUGCUGGUGCCUUUAAAUCAGCAGUUGAGGGCCAAAUAUUUGCCUGUAUGGUCAUUUCUGCUUUGGCUUUUCAUGUUUGCAUGCAACAGAGGGGAGGUGUUCCUCCCAACCAAUAAUACAUAGCCCAGUACUCCAGUGUAUUACAUAGCAAAUAUUUUUAGAGAAUUUCUGAGUGGAGAAAACUUCAUUUUUCAUCUUGUGUUUCAUUAUCAGGUAAAGGUGCUGUCAUUGGCGCAGGUGAGUAAAAUAAGAUACAUUUUCCAGACAUUUGACUAAAUUUCUCUCUUUUGACUUUUUUCACUAAAGUUAGGGAUUUUUUUUUUUCAUUUUUAUCAGGAGGGGCUGUGACUCUGACCUUCACUCCUGCUUUACUGGCCCUUUUUGGUUUCACUUCAGCUGGAAUAGCUGCAGGCUCUAUCGCUGCCAAACUGAUGUCAUAUUUUGCAGUUUGGAAUGGAGGAGGACUGGCAGCAGGAAGUCUGGUUUCCUUUCUACAAUCACUUGGUAAACCGAUAUUUUUAUGAUUUAAUUAAACCACCUAUAUAGAUAUGCACAAAAGGUGCAUUUAAACCCAGGCCUACAUUCUAAAUGAUAACACCUCAAAUGUGAAAAAAGAGUUGGGACAAGGGCGUGGUUACCAUUGUGUCGAAUCAUGUCCUCUCUUAACAACACAGCAGGACCACUGAUUUCUAUUUGAGAACAGUUUCUGGAGUUAUUAAAAUUACAAGUUUUCCCAGUUUUACCUCAUAAAGGAUUUUAGCUGCCUAACAGUCAAGGUCAUCUUCUUUUUUUUAUUUUUAAUGUCAGAAGGCGUCAAAUACUUUCAAUCAGUGACAUGUCAGGAAUGCAGGCAGGCCAGUUCAGCACCUGAAUUCUUUUACUAUGGAGCCAUGUUGCUGCAAGAUGUGCAGAAUGCAGAUUUGAACUGUCUGGCCAAAAUAUGGAAGGUCUUCCCUCAAAAAAGCAUUGUCUUGAUGGCAGCAUGAGUGGCUCUAAAACCUGUACAUUGUCCAACAUUAGGAUGCCCGCCCAGGUGUCAUUUUAAAUGGGUCCAGGCCAAGAAAAUUGCUGGCAUUUAUGAAUAAUGUUAAUACAUAGUUUCUCUUUUACAUUGUAAAGUCUCAGCCUCCAUUUUUGAAUGCAGGGAUGAACUGUGUUCACAGACUAUAGUUUAAAGAAUUCAGUUUAGACUUAUACAGUGAUUUCUACUUCAGAGGGCCUGAAGAUCACAGCCAUCUUCUGCUGGUCUUUGACCUUGUCCCUUUUGUACUAAAUUUCUCUGGAUUAUUAUUAUUAUUAUUUUAAUAAUGAUGCACAAGUUGGUAGAAUAAUGUUUCUCAAGAUAAAUAAACAAAGACUUUAAGGAUUUUGACAUUGUUGAACUAUUUGCGAACAGGGACUCUCAAAGAGUGGAAAACCUCUUCCUUACCUGCAACUAUGAAAACGGAGGAGAUUUUCUGGGGUAUCAGAAAACUGGCCUAAUGGAAAAAUUACUUUUGAUUCCUCUUAACUUCAAGACUCACGUUGAGGAAGUCUUAGAAAUUGUACAAAAAAAUCUGUCUCUUACAAAAAUGACACACACCAGGUAGAGAAGUUUGCAUUUGCCUAUUGGUGUGCUUGCUAGGUUUUAUGUUAAAUACCCCACAUAAGAAUUAAGGAUUGCCUAUUUGAGAGUACAGCUGAAGCCUGGAUUAAAAUGAGGGAUUUUACACAGUGUCCAAACCAUAGACUGUAUAUAGAAUGGACAGCGUCUGCCUCCUCACUGGGUGAAGCCACUCCAAGAAUAGCACCCUCUGUCGACAGGCUGCAGUAUAGGUCAUAAAUCCCGCCUCCGCCAGCAAAGCUUAUGGAGCUGUGGAAAUGUUGAAUAAAAACAACUGAUAAGUGGGACAGUGUAAAAUGGAGUGGUAGACUUGAAAUUCCUGAAUGUAAUGUCAUCUCCUUUCAGGUGCUACUGGUGUGACAGGGACUGCCGCUGGAGUUGUUGGUACGUUUGGAGGAUGGCUAGGAUGGCUGUUGUCGUACAUUUGUGAACCAACCCCAAACCCAGACCCAAAACCCAGACCCAUGUGCUACUGCCAUCUGUCUCUAGUCCCAACAGGUCGAAAAAUAUAUCCGGAAAAGGUGUAUUCAAAAACAAAACUGCUAAUAUUUUUCAAAAAUGUUAGACAUACUUAUACCACAGUUAAUUCAAUAAAGUGA